UUGGUCACUGGCCGCUGCACGACCACCAGCGGGCGACGAUAGUACCAGAAAAAUGAUGUUAAAAUUUAUAUUGUAAACGAGUAUAAUAUGCUCCAGUUGCAGCUGACCACCGCCGAAUACUGUAAAUGAUUUAAAUAGAUAUAAAUGCAAAUUAUUUGCAGUAUUUUCCACCACUGACGACUGCCGUCUGUCUGAUCGAUUCGUAGCCCGGAGGAGACAUUUUCCCGGAAACGUGACUAACUCGUACAAUAAUAAUAUACGACGUCUAUGAUCUAAGGUUGUUACGCAGAAUAAAACGGUGCAACGUACUUAAUCACUAAUCAUCGUAAACGACCUUAGGACGACGGUGCAGUGGUCUUGAUAAGACGAGAACAUUUCUCCUGUGUUUAUUUCUUACAGUUUAUUAACUUAAAUUUUAUAAAUGUUUAUGUUUUCGUGUUCAUUUUCUACCGUUUGUUCAAUCGCGCGGUGUUGUAAUAAUUAUUGUUAAUUAUCAUUUAUCAUAUUCGACGGACGGGACGAUAACAAUAUUAUGGGCAAACAACAAAUUAAAACGUACAAUUAAUAAAACAGUAAUUCCGAGUAAAAUCCAAACCGUCACGUCAGACUACAAUCGCAUUCCAAAGGCUCAAGAGUCCAACUAGUAACUACAACCUUUAAUAAAUUAUAAUAUCCAUUCCGUUUGACAGUAGACGUCAGUGCCUAUUGUGUACGGUUAUGGGUAACACUAGUGGCAAUCAGCGCCAUAAGUCGGCAGGUCUGAUCGUUCCGUCCUCGCCGACAAAAGAGGUACAAAGUCAAGCGUUUGUGUUUGAUAAAACUUCGGAUUCCAAUGCGUUACAUGAGACUAAUGCGCAGAGCUCAUCUAAGCCAAAUGACGAUGAGUUCACUGACGGCAUCCCGCAUUCAGCAUCAGAAAGUGACACUGAGAACAAGAUGCUACCGACCGUGUUUAGAUGGGAAGGUGGUGGCAAACAAGUGUUCAUUAGUGGCACAUUCUCUGAAUGGAAACCUAUACCAAUGGUUCAAAGCCACAAUGAUUUUGUAACUAUAAUUGACUUGCCAGAAGGUGAACACCAUUAUAAAUUUUGUGUUGAUGGCAACUGGCAAUGUGAUAAUAAAGUUAGCAUGAUUGAAGGUGAUCCAGGUAUAACAAAUAACAAAGUAGUAGUGAGGAAAACAGACUUCGAAGUUUUUCAAGCGUUAGAUGUUGAUUCAAUUGACGAAAAUGGCAUUGAAAAAAGUGGUUUUUCUCAAGAUAUUCCUUCGUCAGUUCCUUGGCAGAAAGUUUCUGGACCACCAAUUUUACCACCACAUCUUCUGCAAGUUAUACUGAACAAAGACACUGCAGUUUCGUGUGAACCAACACUUCUUCCAGAACCAAACCAUGUGAUGCUCAACCAUUUGUAUGCUCUUUCAAUUAAGGAUGGAGUUAUGGUGUUGAGUGCAACACACAGAUAUCGUAAAAAAUAUGUUACUACUCUACUGUAUAAACCAAUCUAAACAUGAUGAAUUGGAUAAUCUCCUCUUGUUUUGUUUGGAACAGUUGGAAUAUGCAAUGUUGCCAUCCCUUGAUUUACAAGUAAGUAAAUGUCGUCUUUUGUUGUUUUUUUAUUUUCUUAAAACAAAUGAUACUUAAGUAUAAGGGUAAAAUAAGUCUGAGCAGAAGUGAUUGUUUAACCACUUGGCUACAAAAAAAAUUUUUUUGAUACAUAAAUUCUAUGUAAAUAUUUAUGAUUUUGUUUUAUAGACGCUAUAAAUUGAUGUUUUAUAAACAAACUAUUAUAAUUUAAAUAAAUGUUAAUUAUUAUGUUUA